CUAGCUCUCCGUCGUCCCCAAGCGGCGCGGCCGGCCCUUUGCAUUGCAUUGGUUUGAUUUCGGCCUGCCUGCGCCUUUAAUCUUCAUUAUUCGUCUCCAUCCUUGCGCAUCGUCGUCUUCCGCCUAUCGCCUGUAUAAUAUAAGAUUCAUCGGGCGGGAUAUACAGCUAGCUGCUUUUGCUAGCUAGCAUACUGAUGAUGGAGACUCUGCCAGAUAUCUAUCCGUUGACAGGCCUGCAGAUUGGGGACAUUCAAUCCUACAUCUCGCGGGCGUUCCUCUACUUCGCUCCACUGAGCAAGAAGGUGUUCAUUCUCGUGGACAACCAGCCUUGGCUGACGACGAAGCAGUCUCGAUCCGCGAGGCUGUGGCAGUUCAUGGUCACCAAGUACAGGAUGUCUCCUUUUGCGAAUUCGCGGGCGCUGCUUCAUCACAAGCAGGAAAAGCAGGCGGCGGCUGAGGCAGCCGCCGCCGCCGCCACCACCUCUGCAGACAAGGGAGAGAGCUCCGACACGAUGCGGCGGUGGUUCGCGCUGGCAGCGGACCUGAGCAGGGCGCUGCACGGCUUCCUGGUGUUCGAGGUGUCGUGGCGUGACGUGCACGGCAUCAACUACCUCAACGAGCUGCUGACCGACACGUCCCUGGCGCUGGAGGCGCGCUACAUGAAGAAGUGGGAGUUCUACAACGCGGAGCAGGCCGCUGGCUGCACGCACCUGUGGUUCCUGGGCCGAGCCUCCGAGGCGCGGGCUCUGCGGGGCUACCUCUCCGCGCUGCACACGCACUCCGACCCCAGCGAGCAGCUGGAGGAGUGCAGCAGCGCGCUGCGCCGGACGAGCUCCUCCUCCUCCCUCACGGCCGUCUCCGAGGACGACGACGACGUCGUCGUCGACGAAUCCUCAUCCUCAUUGGACGGUGCUGGUGCCGCAGCAGCUGGCAUCAGCAUCUCCCCAUCCCCGACCCCGACGACGGCUAGGGCCAGGGCCAGGGCCGCCAGCAGGUGGGCGCGCGCCGCCGCCGCCGCCGAGGUCCCGUUCGUGGCCCCGGCGCAGUACAACGACUCGCUGAUCCUGUUCCGGUUCAGGGACAGCCUGCUGCCGCUGAAGCUGCGGCAGAUCAUCAUGUCGGACAUCCGGCUGUUGACGCUGCUGGAGUCGGGCCUGCCGCCCUGGGUCAUCUUCUUCCAGUCGUACCCGCUGUUGUGCCAGCUGUACCGCCCCUGGAUGCGGCCGCUGGUGCGGAGCCUCUACCUGCUGGCGUCGCUCGUCACCGUCCUCAUCGGCUUCUACGACCUCUACAAGAACGUGCCGCUGCUCAAGUCGGCGGCGGCGCGCAUCUGCGGGCCGCUCUUCGGCUGGAUCGAGACGUGGGACAUGGUGACCAGGAUCCAGUACUUGGGCACCAUCCUCUUCCUGCGCAACCUGCGCAAGUGCCUGCAGAGCCUCCUGGCGCUGCUGCGGGCGGCGCGGGCAUUGGUCCGCACGGUGGCGGCGCCGCUGGCCCAGGCCGUGGGGCCCCUGCUGGCAUCCUGCGCCCAGCUGUGGGGCCUGCUCAGCGCGGGCCUCGCGCCGGCGUGGGCGCUGCUGGUGGACCUGGCGGAGCUGCUGUGGGCGCCCUUCGACCUGGUCUUGGACAACGUGGCGGGGUGCCUGUGGCCGCUGCUGCAGGUGGCGCUGCUGCCGGUGAGAGCAGCGGCGGCGCUGGCGGGCUGCGCGGGCUCGCUGCUGUCGGUCACCUACAACUUCUCUAAGGACAUAUGGGAGACCAUGAGCAGCAUCUUCGAGCUCAACCACAUGUCCGAGGCGCAGCAGAGCGGCUUCGACAUGUCGCAGAUAAAGACGCUAUGGAACGAUCUCUUCUCGCAGAUCUUUCGCGCCAUCAGGGGCAUACUCAAUGGUAUCUUGGUGUUCUUUGCAUCCUGCAACAGGCACAGGCUCAGCAUCUACAACCAUGCGCAGUCCAGGUUGCGGCACAUGCUUCGCGUCGCUAGACUGCAUCAGGCGCCGCCGCAUGCGCUCUCGUCGUCGUCGUUGUCGUGUCGAUGCAAGCAGCAGAGGCCCAGACGCCGUCCUUCAGGGCGCAACGCUGAGGAUGAUGCAGGGGCAGAAUGUGACAGGUGCAAGUGAUGACGUGUAUACCUUUAUUACGGCCUCUGUCUCAUUCUUUUUAUGUUCUAAUUUUGUCCUAAGCAAAAUUAUUUAAAGUUUAACCAAGCUUAUAUUAGAAUACUAAUGUUCUUAUUACUAAAUAAGUAUAUUAUAGUCUUCAUCGUGCAAUGUAUUUUCAUUGUUACCUACUCUCUCCGUCCUGUAAUAUAGCGUAUUCUGGUAUUUAAAAUUUAUCCUCAAAUAUAAUGUAUUCUAAAAAAACAUAAACCAAUUCUGUAUUAAA